AUGACCGCUGUACAUCGAGAUCACACUGUGUGUGGCAUUUGCGAUGUCAACUUCUUCAUCUGUCACAGAUUUCGGGAUAGAGACCGCAAAGUACAAAACACCAACCCUGGUAACAAGUAUUGUGGCAUGGCAUAUGACGCAGCAGAUAUCAGUCAGGAUGAGAUCAAAAACUGCAAUCAAGUGCAGGUACUGGUUAAGAAGCCCGCAGACCAGGUCAAGCCCAUGACGGAUGGAUAUCCACUCUCCAAAGCACGUCAGGAGGAUGAAGAACACUUCCUGACAGAUGUUUUUCCUAUUGGCCGUCGCCACUGGGGGUUUUACUGCCUAGUGAGGCUUCCGGCUGGCUCAGACUACGGGAUUCGUAAGAUCAAGAUGUGUAGUCACAAAGAAGGAACAUGUGUUGAUGAGUUCGAUCCAGAAGAUCCCACACAUGUCGUUGGUGUCCCCUUUCAUAGGAACUGCUUGGAGAUAUUUCGUAAUGUCAGCCUCUACAAGAAUGACAGGAUCGUCUGGGCUGGGCUUUACCGGCUAGGCAUACAAAAGAAUCACGCAGGCUUCAAGAAGAUCGGCAGGUGUGCUGCUACAGAAACCAAUCAUCGUUACAACGAGACAACCCGCGAGAAUAUGUGGUUACAUUUACGUGGCACAGAGUGGGUGGUGGCAGACCCAUACCUCGCACAAUAUGCGAUUCAAUCAGCUUGUUAUGAUCCUUCCGCAACUGGUCAAGAUGCUCGAGAUCAAGUCUUUUCCGGUACUUACCGUGUCGCUGUUGGCAGUAUCGGCCAAGGCUCAUGGAGCUAUUGGGGCCCCAGAGUCGCCACUUGGAGACAUGAUUUGAAUUUGCAAGCUCGGCCACGCUCAAUUGCGGCCAAGAGAAGUGUGGAUGUUGUCGUAAAGAGGACAAAGACCGAACCAUCUGCUCUUCCUAGAUCAUCCAACAAUCAUAAGGUCCUUGCAGGACAUUCGAAUGCCCCUCCUAGCAACACCAACCCAGCUCCAGCCCUCGCUGCCGCCCCACCCUCAUCCAGUCCGCGAAAUCGCGACUUCUUCUCCACCGUCCCCCCCGAAACCCUCCUCCACAUCAUCCAAUACCUGCCCGCCCUCGACCUCGCCAACCUACGGCUCAUGGCCCGCAAAUACGCCGAAAUCCCCAUGACCCACUUCCGCUACCGCAUCGCCCACGACAUGUCCUGGGCAUUCGAGGUGUUCCAAGACGGCAACAACAUCAACGGCGCGUUGAUACCGUCGCCUCUGCCCGGGAAGAAGAUCGACUACAAGGAGAUGUAUCGGCUUGUGCGGAGGACGGCGGGGACGGGCUUCGGGGCCAUCAGGGGGAUGAGGAACCGAAAGCGGAUCUGGGAGGCUUGUGUGAGGAUUUUGGAGGUGAUCAGGGAGGAGGAGAAGUAG